GCAAAGGGCCAAGGCCAAAAGUGCCAUCCCUAGGCCCAACUGCAUUUCACACUUCUGAUCGGAAUUAAGUAAUAUCAACAAAUUCGCAAAAUGAGCGCCCUACGACAGGCUUUCAGGAUCAGCGCAGGCGUGGCGAGGCGCACACUAUACACAUCUAGCCGAAAAACACAAAUCGAUGCUUUCAAACAUCCCAUUAUCCAGUUGCAACUGCAUCAACUUGCAACCAAAACACAAACAGCUGUUUGGGGAAACAACAACAACUACACGUGCAUUUGCCGCAGGCUGCACUGCACCAAACCGGUGGAAGAUGCGGACAAGACGGUGGCCACCAGCAGCGUUCCCCUGGCCAAGCUGGAGUCCAAGAUGCAGCUGAUCUACACCUGCAAGGUGUGCCAGACGCGGAACAUGAAGACUAUUUCGAAGGUGGCCUACCAGCGCGGCGUCGUCAUCGUGACCUGCGAGGGCUGCUCCAACCACCACCUAAUCGCCGACAAUCUCAACUGGUUCACGGACCUGGAGGGCAAGCGCAACAUCGAGGAGAUCCUGGCGGAGAAGGGCGAGAAGGUGGUCCGCCUGACCGAUGGCAACUGCGAGUUUCUGCCCAAGAACGAUUAAAGUGGCGUGAUUUUAACUGAA